AUGCCAUUGGCAAACACGUCGGAUAUCAUCAAUGUGGAAACGCCUCCAUUAUUGCAGGAAACGCCCGCAGUGAAUUCUACUGGAACGAGCUAUGAAAUUUAUCCCUCCUCGUCAAUUACUCCUAAAGAUAAUUUUUCGGAUUCGCACAAAAUAGCAAGGACGACACCUUUUUCUACGAGCUUUUUUGAUGAGUCUCAGUCGACACCGUCUUCGCUAACAGGUUAUACGUUGACUUCUCCAGAAAUAUUCCAUUUCCCUGCCAAUUCAUUUCUCGUGUCAACGAGAAAAGCGUCCACAGCUACCCAUGGAAGUUACUUUUCAGUUACUGGACAAAUGAUUCCUGUUUCCUCUGACCAUGAUGAAAGCGUUACGCCAUUCUCUUCCAUUGACGUGCGGAAAAUCUCUACUUCAGGAUUGAAUAAAAUUUUGGAUAGCGCAGAACUUGGGCACACCUUAGCAAGGACGCCCAUUCUCCCUUCUAACAAACUAUCUACGACUGAAGCCAACGUCUUAGUUGUAAGGCCAUCAUUUUCAAAGUGGCUUUCCCUACCCACAGAUCCAACCGAGAUGGUUUCCAAAAUGACAACCAACGCUCAUUCAAUUGUCCUUGGAUCUCCCGAAAGGUCACAAGCCAUCACCUUUGGCGGCAGCAUUUUCCCAUUAUUUGUAACCCACAGCAUAAUACUACGACCAAGAGAGAAAUUGGCGUCCAGUUCAAUUUUGAAUGAGAGUACUUCUUCAAGUACAAAAGCCUUUGAAGAAACGUCGAUGUCAGAAAGACACACGAUUCAAAGGAGCAAUUUUGUGUCGUUAUCAGUCAAACGGGCAGCAUCUUAUUAUCCCUCGUCCUCCAGAGACGCACUGAGUACGACUGAUAACACCAACAUGGCUGCGUCUGAAGCUAACGUUGCCACAAAUACUUCAGUGACGACACCCGUUUCUAUCCAAGAGAAAAUGGUGUCACUUAAUGAUUCUUUAUUAAGUAAUGCAGAACAGUCGACGGCAUUGAAGCCACAGACCGGGUCUUCGAUAUUUGAUAUAAAUUCAAGACAUCCAGUUAUGUCCACAAACUCAUUUUCUCGUCAAUUCAAGGCUACUGAGUCACGCAAACUCUUAGGAAAAAUAUCUUCAAAGUUGAUAAUGACACGCAGCGCAAGAACACCCCCAUCAACAGUAUUGACAUCUUUUGAAGCAUCAUCAGGUCCGGUGGGUUCCGCUCCUUUAUCAUCAGACGAAACUCAAUCUUUUUUGUUAAAUGUAAGGACGAGGUCUUUCUUGCCACCUAUGGAAACAAUGUUAUUCUUUGAACCAAAUGAUGUGCGGUCGGGCAGUGUUCUGCUGAAAACUGCAAGUAAAUCUUCAGGUCUGUCAUCCUUUCUUAACCCAUCUGGUCAUAAUAUAGCUCCUCGAUCUUUUCCUUCUACUAAGAAAGAGGUAGAUGACACUAGGGAAACAGCUGAAUUGCCAGUUGAAGGAGAAGGCUUGUUGAGGGACACAAUCGAAUUGUCAUCAAAGAUAAACACCCUUACAAAAUAUGUUCAUGCCUCGAAGGGACAAGAUGUAAAUACGAAAUCAACUAAGACAAUUUCAGAAGGAAUCAGUGUAGUCAAGAGUGUUCGUCCUACCAAGACGGCUAUACCUUUUGAAAUCACGAAAAAACUUAUCAUCGGCUGGCCACCGACACCAAGCAUAGCUUUAUCAACAAGUGAGCGUUUGAAAUCAUCAACUGGCUAUAGUCACGGGAGACUGUCAAGGUCUGUAUUUCCGACUAUCGUUUCAGGAUUGCCAAAAGAAGCUCUAACCAAAAGCACCUAUUCUUUUGAGAGAGAGAUGUCUUCGAGACCAUCACCAAGUUUGCAACUUCUACCUACUUUAUCAAAAAUACCAACGCCAUUAGAUGAAGCAAAAUUGUUACUUCCUUCCCCCAGUAUUAAUCUGAGUUCCACUGGUACUGGUUUUACUAUCACCCCAUUGUCACCGUCUUCAUAUUUUUCACCGUUUACCAAAUCACAACAUUCAACAGGGAGAAGUGAAGACAUAGAAAGUGGAGAUGUAUCUAUUUCACUAUCAAAGGAAGAGCCGCCAUCAUCAAUAACAACAAAAGACACCUUAAUCAUGUAUUCUAAAAACCCACCUUCGACCUUGCAUCUCGCCCAUCCUUCCAGCGCCAUAGAAGAAGGUUCUCUUUUUCAAAGUGCAAUUUUAACCAGUGUUUUACGCAAUCAACCGGUGCUUUCGUCACCUUAUCCACAGUUUAAUUCAACACCAAGAGAGGUAAGGACCAACAUGCAGUCUAACGAUAUUUCUUCGUACAUAGUACCUAUUACAACUUCCUUGUCUUCACGGACAACCUUAGCUCCAAAGGAGGAGGGUUCAAUAACAAGCAAGGAUUCUGGUUUUCUACGGAAUUCAAUAAUGAAACAAAAUUUGGUUAACAAUGAAACUGAUUCCUUUAACAGUUCGUUGCUCAGGGAGCGUGUAUCAUCAUCAGUCACAGAAAGUACCCAAGUAAUAAAGGGGAAAGAGACUUUAAAAAUAGAGUGGUUACCAAGGUCAUCCUUAAGUCAAAAUGUACUUUCCUCAUGGUAUAAAGUGCCUUCUGGAACACUAAAGGACGACGUUAAGGCAACACAAAUCGAUUCUUUCAUGCGUCCAUUACCAGGACAAGCCAUUACAUCAUCGACAAAAAUGCAGUUUCGCUCGACUCAAUCAGAAUUGGAAUCAGAAUCCGUUGCAACUUCACUGUCAAGGACCAACAUUCCAAUGUCAGCAUCGAAAAAUUCAACCCCUGAAGCCACCGUGUUGUUUUCCCCGUCCAUUCCUUCGGAAAUCCACUUCAACUUACCUCUGUCACCGAAAAUGGGCUCAAAACAGAAAGGUGAAGCCAUAAAAGCGACCCUGUCUUCCUUCUCUGGACCAUCGUCUGUAGAGUCAAUUCGACCCUCAUCGUAUUCUGCUGUAAACGAAGAAGCACUACCACGUCGCAAAGAAUACGUAACCAUUGCCUCAUUCAGACGGCGUACGCCACCUGUAACAGAAGGCGUUUUCACAUAUAGUGUGUUAUCACUAAAAAGUAUGUCGACCAGGAAAUACAAGCAAUUAUCAACUGGUACAAGCUUUAGCAACUUAACUCCAAUGCUGAAUGGAUUUACCACAUCCUUUCUUGGCCAUACUUCAUUAGUCUCUUCUCAAAGGUAUCCAUUGUCAUCUAAGAGUAUAGAGUACUUACGCUCAUUGUCCGUACCCAGCCAGAAAGAACUCUCACCAAAUCCCCCCUCACCUAAUAAAACAACAAGGGAAUAUGAAAAAACUCUAAUUGCACCUGCGCUAUCGACAGAGUUUUCGUUUUUUGAACACAGCGCAGUUUCCCAGACGUUAAAGGAUGUUGGCCCAUUUUUUCCGUCAGUUAAAAGAAAUGAGGCCGUUGCUGAAUCCUUGGACUUCUCACUAGCUAGUGGAUCAUCGCAAUCAUUCUUGGAUUUAAAAUUUCCACCAAUACAAAGGUCGUCGAGUAGCGAUUUUGAAUCAUCAACAGCAUCAUUAUCCAGGCUACCUAAAGUACCGAUGAAUGCGAAUUCCAGUUCUUCGGCAAAAGAACACGUCACAUCAUCAUCUCCUUUAACCAAACGCAUGCAAAUUUCAUUAUCUCGAAAUUUAAACUCAUCGACGAAUGCAGACCAUGUAAAACAGACGGUCUUAGAUGAAAAGAUCCCGCCAUGGCAAGCCGCAAUCUCGCCAACGCUUACGCAGUUUAGCUCCACAGAAGUUGAAAAAGACACAAUGUCAUAUAUGGCUCCCUUUACGACUUCUUUGCCUCAACUCACACCUUCGUCAAUGUAUGCGCAGCUGAUUUUAACAAGACAGCAAAGUAAGUCCAUAGGAAAAGACUACGUCAGACGCUUAAUGUCAUCGCAACCUACGCAAUUUUUAACGCUCUCGGGCGUUAGGCCAGCUGGUAAAAUGAUUACUUCAGUAUCACAAAAAGACAAAAUCUUUACAUUUGAGUAUUUCAACUCUCGCCCCGCAGAUGAAUCUUCCACUAAUAAUGUGAACUCUAUAGCGAGUUCAUCGGUGGGAGUUUCCUUUUCAUUGGCUAUGCCAGACGAAACCACGAAUACCUGGGUACUCCGACAGUCGAAAACAGCACCUAAUCGCCUCAUUAUGAUGAAUCUGACUUCUUUAAUUUCGGCAACUAUUGGAGAAAACACGGUGUCUCAAAAUGUAGUUUCUUUAACUUCACACCCUAAUUUAUCGUCGAAGUCUCCACAAUUUCGUUUAGGAGCCAUUCAGCCAACAAGAAUCACAAUCUCACCAGAGGCUCCUGUUAACCCUACUUCCAAGCAAAUUACUCUGUCGUUAACUUCGUUGCCGAUAAAAGGAAACCUUACUAGCCUGGUGAUAAACUUGACAAAUACGUCCUCAUUAAAGUCCAUAGUAUCAUCUACAUACCUUAGAACAAUUUUAUCCUCAAAAAAAGGAAAUGCAACGGCCAUUAUUUCACCAGAGGGUAGUUUAAUGUCGAAAGAUGAACAUUUUACCGCCGGGAGGAGUUCUAUAAGAAAUUCAUCAGUGUUGUACAUGGAGAUCUUUACAUCCAAGUCUCUGGUCAGUUUCUCGAGAUCUCUCGAUUCAACUAUAGUUAACCAACCAUUUACUGCAUCACUGACUCAGCAGAUCAGCACACGGAAGAAAUCUAAACACGAGUUAAUACUGAAAACAUCGUCAUCGAUCCCAUGGUUUACAAACGGAAAGCUGAGUCCUUCCUCUUUAGCAAAAGAUGAUGUAGCUUCUUCGCCAAUUGCAGGAGAAAGCUCGAGACUAGUUGCAGACAGCGUGAAGCCAACAACGAUGAAUGAAGCUGCAGUUUCAGCAAACACAAUUCUUCAUGAAGAAAAACGUAAGAACAGUCCAAUAUAUUUAUCCUGGGGGGAACCCCUUGACCGCUUAUUAACUGUGAAGAAUGCUUACCAUACAGCCACCAAAUUGAGAAAGAGUGAUGUCAUUAAGAUAAACUUUUACUGUCAUUCCAGAGCAUAGUUUGAGAUACUCAUUUUGAAAAGCGAGGUCGAAGGGAGUGACGAGAAGGGAAGAAAGAGCGAAGCGACUCUCCUCUUCUCUUUGUUUUUCUUCUUAUCACUCCCCACUCGCGCUUCUGGCUCGUCUCCAGUAUUCCUCUUUUAAAGUUGGUGUUCCGCACCAAGCCUUGGGAAAGCCUGUGGAGGAGGCGGAAGUUUUAUGUCAUAGUUACUGACCUCAUGCAUUUAUUUACACAUUUUAGCCAAACGCAUCUGGCAUCAAUACUUUUAUCAAGAAAGGAUGUUUAACCACAAACAUUAACAGUAACAUGUUUAAUAAUAUUACGAAGUCUUUUAGUAUUUUAUUUAAAAAGCUUUGACGUCAUAAUGAAGUCAUAAAGGAGAAACUAAAUCUUCCAAACAUAAAUGCGUCUCUAACUGACAUGACAGCAUUCCCAGCAAAGUGUCUAGCUAUAGAGCACAGUUUCUUUUGCUCCAUACAGAUAUCUAAACAACCUCGAGAAAUUCUCUUUGUUCAACGAGAGAACAUCAUUUGGACGUAGGUGCCUCCAUAGUAUGGUAGCCCAUAAUACCCUACAUUCUAAAGUAUCCAUUACUACCCACCAACGAUGGAAUGUAACUUCUUUUUUUACAUGGUAGUUUUUUCUUUUAAGUAAACAAGGUGAACUAUUAAACGUUUGAUGGGGCCACAAUAGUUUGAAUGUCUAUGGCGAAAUGCACAAAUUUGUAAUGUCAAACAUAUCCCUUUAUACCUUUGUUCUUUUGUUAUAGAUCGAUGCGACCCGUGUGUCAAUCGGAUAAGACUAACCAGGGCGUAUUGCAUCGGUGAUUUUGGUAAGAGUUAAUGAAAACGAGUACUAUAAUCACUCACUUUACUCAAAGGCGUUACCCGCACCCUUACCUCUAUUUUUGUUUUAACAGUGGUCCACGUCAGGAUUUUAACGGAAGGCAUUAACGAAUUAUCCCUGGAUACCAAUUAUCGCAUCAGUAUUAUAAACAUUUUUAAAAUGAACAGUUCGUUACCAACAUUUCGAAGCGUUUGGAUACUCAGAAAUCUGUGUAGCUGCCCGUUACUUCGUCCUGGUAAACAGUAUCUUUUAACCGGAAAGAUGACCAGGCUCGCAGGCAACACAAAGAUCAUAGCUGAAGUCAGUNUAUCGCAUCAGUAUUAUAAACAUUUUUAAAAUGAACAGUUCGUUACCAACAUUUCGAAGCGUUUGGAUACUCAGAAAUCUGUGUAGCUGCCCGUUACUUCGUCCUGGUAAACAGUAUCUUUUAACCGGAAAGAUGACCAGGCUCGCAGGCAACACAAAGAUCAUAGCUGAAGUCAGUAGAGAAAGCUAUGUUGAGGAAUGGACGAGAUCGAUGCUGACGCGGAUGGAAGAAAUAAAGAGCAAACGAUGUUCGUUGAUAAGGACAACGUGGAUGACAACGUCUAUGGGGACGAAGCCUGAAAGUACCUCAGGUAUUACUUUAGAUUUUCCAAAUGCUAGUUCCUUCACUUAAUCAUUAUAACUAACCGGAUGAAAAUGCAGUUAUGAUAUACAUAUUUUUUACUUCUAAGGUCCAACCAAAAGACCAGCUCGAGUCACAAGCGAGAGGACAAGUAAGUGCCGACCAAAUACCUUUUGUCGAAAAACGAAUUGGCACCCUUUUUGUUCUUUAAUGAAAUUACUUAGUAGUUGUUUCUUUCUCUUCUUAGCUUUCUGGGGAGAAAUAUUUUAAAACAGUCUGAAUUCGAAGCGAUGGCGAUGAAUUCAUUGAGAGAAAGUGUAAUUGAAACAAUUUAAAAGUAUGGCCUUUUACCUUAGAUAAAAUUCCAUAAGUUUUUGUUGAAAAAUCCAGAAAAAUAGUAGAGAAAGAGAAGAGGGGCACUGUAAAAAAGGUGUAGAUCUCUUUACUAUCUCUUUUUUCAACAGCGAAAUGUCCUCCAUGUGAUUUAGAUCAGAGAUUAAGGGAAAAGUAUUGUGGCAGUGAUUAUGGUACGUAUAAUGUUUCAAGGUACCAAUUCUACUUUAUCAUAUUCAAUGUCAAGAUAGCAUAGUUCUGAUUUUGUCGGUUAGGAAACGUCAAUUGACGACGGGAAAGCGCGCGGAAAACACUAAACGCGACUUCUGGUGCCCAAUUUUCCGCUCUGCUAUUGGUCAAGCCACUUGUUUGAUUUGCGCGCGCCGUCGUCAACUGACGUUCGCGUUCUGUUGCUAAAUCAGCUUAUAUAUAUUAUAUUGAAAAUGAAUUUUCUAAGAGCGUUGUGUUUUUUUGUUACUUAUGCUCAGUACAUGUCAGGCUACUGUCAAUUUUUUUGAUGGAGAUAAAGGAGUGGAGAGGGAUAACCGGAGGUUGACCCCUAACGUUUCUAAUUAAAGGCAACCUAGAAAGUCCAGAACGGCUUGACUUUACAAAUCAUUUCUCCUGCUUCCUUCUCAUUGUAAACCGUUGUAGUUGGUGUGAAUAGAGUUUCUCUCACUCAAAGCUGUUCUAUUUGUUGUUGUUUUCUUUUUUGUUAUUACAAUUUCAGCAAUAAUUGUAAGAGUACGUUCACAAGAAAUUGUUAAUGGCAAUCACACCCUUUAUUUGGUCAAUGUCAAGAAAGUAUUCAAGAAAAAUCAACGUAUGAAGAAGAAAUUGGACAUACGUUUCAAUAACAAAACUUGUGACUGCAAACCCAAACUUUCGUUUAAAAGAGAGUAUCUGGUGAUCGGCAAUCACAAUGUCACCAUCAGAAAAAUGGCAUCUUUGGAACUUGACCGACAAAGUUUCCUGGCUGAAUGGGAUGAAACACUGGAGAAUGAAAUGAAUCAGAUGGCAGACUCCUGUUUAAGGAAUUCAGUUGUUGUUACUCCAAGGCUAACAAAUUCUUUACAGAUCAUUACGGGAAUAAAGACUUCAGGUAUGUCACCCACUUCAACAUUUCUUCACCUUUGUUACUCUUUAUGAACCUGUGUCAUCCAGGAAUGAUAAAAUUUGACGAGUAAAUUAUUUAUGUCGUAAUUAGCCCAUUUGAAGCGCGCUGGUUGCUUUGAGGAUCCUUUCUUUCAACAAAUUUGAGUAAUUUUAAAACAUUUUCUUGGUGAGGAUAUUUUUAUACGUUGGAGUUGCUUUGAUUGAACAUAGAAAGGACAUGCAAUUUUAUAUUUGUCAGUUUGAAAUCUGUAGUUGUUAGAAUCGAUCGCGUUUGAAUAAACAUAAAACAAUUUUAUUGGAGGUGUCCUAUAUAGAUUUCUGAUAGGCACAAAUUGAUUUCGAGAAAAAAACUGACCAUCUGUUGUGUUGGUAAUCACAGCUACAUUCAAGAUCAGUGCGCCUACUGGGAAAUACGCAACAAUAUCAUCGCCAGCUGCUGCAUCUCCGCCUGUAACAGUCACACAUAACUAUACAACAAAGCUGUCUGUUACAGCAAGUAAAGCAGGAAGUAAGUAGACGAAAGCGUUUUUUCAUUCUUUGAAACAAAAACAAAUUCCUGGGCUUGUCUUAAAAACACUUACAGGCUUUCUGGAAAUCAAUUGACCGGAGUUGAUGGUUCUUGGUUUUACCAUAACGAUUUCAUGCAUCAAACGAUUGACCAAAGAUAUUUAAUUUCUCUCUGUGGUUGGAUAAAGGACCUUGGCGUGGCAACAGUAACUGGAACUUUCAGCUUUAAGCGCAAUUUUAUUCCGUUUGAUGACAAAAUGCUACCCAAAACCCUGGGGUCUGACCUUACGACGGUAGAAAAAAUUUUACUUGGCUGACUGCGUCUUCUUUCACAGAUCGAUGUGAUCCUUGUGUAAAUCAGAUGAAACGAGCCGGAGCUUAUUGCAUCAGCGAUUUU